AUGGAGGGCGUCUCCUCUCUCCCAAACGGCAUCAGCGACGUCGACCUCGCCGACUCUAUCGCACGCAGGCUUGCCACAAUCCUAUUCAGCAGCACUUUUGCAGACAAAAUUACGUGGAAAGAUGUCCCUCGUGCACUUGCUGAACGAUGUCUCUAUCUCUCUGGCGUCCCUUUAAAGUGCGCCCCCGUCGUCGUGGACAACGUCGUGCAGGAUAAUUAUCAUUCAUGGUCGAAAGAACAGCUUUAUGCAAUGCAUUCCGCUCUCGAACGAAAUAUGCUCAAGAUCAAAGUCCGCAAUCCAGUCUCUCGCAAUGUGAUUUUUGAACUCGUUGACGAAGAUGGUUCUUUGAAAGAUUCCACCCUCGGAUUUUCAGCACUUUGGCGACAUGACUACCUGUUUCCAGAACGCGUCUAUGGAGGCUUGAAUAUGAAUACUCUCAAGUCUUUGAAUUACACAGGCCUCCUCAAGGUCCUCAGUGCUGUCGAGGUCCUGAAGAUCCACGAACAGCUCCCCUGGGUGUCUCUCCCCGCUAAACUCUACAAAAACGCAUACUAUCUUACCGGCCUUCCUCGCGUUUGCACACCUCGUGCAGUCAACGAUGUGUUUCCAGACAACGUCGGCUCCCCCUCAUUUCGCUUUAGAAGAGACCAGCGUGUGGCGCUCCAGCGCGCUCUAGACUCGGGUCUCCUCAGGCUUUUGGAGCGAAACCCUACCGACCGAGAUGUCAUCUUUGAAGUCCUCGAACCAAAUGGCACAUUUACCGAUGACGACUGUGGAUUCUCGGCCGAGUGGAAGGCUGCAACGACUCUCAAUAUCCGGGUCAAACACACAGGCAAAAGCAAUGCGGCCAGCUCCCUCGCUGCAAUCGCAGCUCCUACCUCGUCGGAGGCUCCCAAGGCGCCGAACACUCUCCUGGAAUCUAUCCUGAGCUCGUUCGUUGCUAUUCUAUUACCCCAUGGACUUCUUCUUGACACGGUUGCUGGACCCGCUUGGAUCCGCCUACCGCAAAUGCUCGCCACCAAACGGCUUGUCAUCCAUGGAAUUCCUCGAACAUGCAUACCUAUUGUCAAAAAUGACGUGGUCGCCGACAACUAUGAUCCUUUGCAAUGGUCUCUCAACAGUCAGGUCGACUUUUUCAAUGCCGUAAAGCACAACAGCAUCAAAGUGAUACCUCGUUCACGCAGCCAACGAAUACUCUACAAUGUCUUGGAAGAGAAUGGAACAAUCACCUCUGACACGCUUGGUUUCUCUGAACAAUGGUGCAAAGAUCAUUUGGAUGGCAUCGACUUGGCUGAUCCCAACCUUUCACCCACUAUGUAUGUGAUCGAAAUGUGGCUCCAGUUACUCGAACGCGCCAAGAUUCCCUGUCAUGACAAUCUAGGCCGUCGCCACAUCCCAUGGGCAUACCUCCCGACUCUUCUGGCCCGCGGAAAGCUGUGUAUAAUCGGAUGCCCAAAGGAUUGCAUACCAAAAGUGGAGAAGGACAUUGUUGUCGAGACGUCUAGCCCAUAUUUCUAUGACGGAUUGCAGCUUGGUUUGAUGUAUCGCGCAUUCAAGGAAAGCGAAGUCUCUAUUGGUAUUCGCCCACCAGGCAAGGAGGCCCUCUUCGCAUGUAGGAUAGGUGACAGUGGCUACGUCUGGGAGUCGACGCUUGGCUUCAGCGACAAGUGGAUCGAAAUGAACAUUCGAAAUCCUAAUCCUCCGUUCUAUAUGCCUCAUAUCAUGACCAUGGUCUCAUCUAUGACGGCUCCUCAAAAUUAUUCCUUUGGACCAGUGGUGGUAGCCCCAGCAACACAAGUACAAGUCAUGGAUAAGCUUUCCGUACAAACAACUGUCACGGGCAAGCUCUCGGCUCAAUCUUCCCCCCUUGUCGUUGUAAAUGGCUCCAGUCAUCUUGAAUCCUCUAGCGCAAAUCCCGAAUCUUCUUCGACCGGCUCACUGCCGCAAAAGCGUCAUAAUCAAGAUGGCCAACAAUCUCUGAAGAUCAGAAUUCCAAAGAGGCGUGCAACAACCGCUACAGCCCGCCCGUUCACGACAGAGCCAUUGGUACAUAUCAAAAACACAUCAGCUUCUCCUCCCCCUUCAACUAAAGCUUCCCUUCCCGUGUUCGCUCCGCUUGUCAAACAGGAAUUCGGCCCAGUCUUAUCAACAAAUGGAUUACCACCAAGCAACCUGCCGUCUACCAGUGGAAAUCCUGUUCAAACUCCUGCUUCUCGAAAUGUUCAACCUUCUCACCUCACUACCACGCGUCUAGUACCAGCUCCACCUCUCAGGCGCACACGGAUGGGAACUCGAGAGUCCAUUGCUUUAUCCAAACAAACACGAGAACCUUCGCCUGCACCGUCUACAUCUUCAUCGUCGUCUGACGUCGACCAGCCUGGCAAAUUUGGCGUGCGCGAGUCCAUGUCGCCACCACUUCCCCCUCGCUCUCUACUUCCGUCGCCGUUGCCACCUGUACCGGUACCUGAGUGUCUACCUCGUCCAGGAGGAGACUUACGAUGGGACGACGAGAAGAGCUUCUGGGAGCUUACUAUUUCGGAGAGUUGGCCGCCUUCACAGUGGAAGAAGCUCCUCCCAGUUUUCCCUGCUAGGUUGAUUUGGGACCCAGCGAAUAAUCUUUGGAUGUGCAUUCCAUCCGAAGUGCUGACGUCGCCACCACCAAAAGAUGCCACGGGGAUGGGCAGGAUUGGGUUGAGUUUAGAUGUCCAAGCGGAACUCGAUUCUGCGAGGCGAGUCGGGCCGCUACCAAAAAUUACAGAAGGGCACAGUAUCAUCUGGCAUCGGUGGAGACGUACCUGGGCGCUCUUCGAGUAUGUCGCGCGCGUUCCAACUUGA